CCUUUUUCGAUAUGUAGUAUGUGCAGGUUGUUUGAUGGUGUUCAUGGUGAUUUUUGCAAACACGUUACUUAUUGUGUACAUGAAUGGAAGCAGAAAAACAUUCUUCGAGAAACGCAGCCGAAACAGUCAAAAUACAUCGUCAACUCAAUUCACAGUAGAAUCCACAUCUAUUCCUACCACAACAGCGAAACCAAAAAUAGUCAACUAUGCAUAUCCAUUAAAUAUCGACUUCGUUCAGUUAUUUGAGGAGGAAAAAGCACAAAACCGAGUAUUACCCAUCAGACCGAUUAACCCUCACAAUUUUACAUAUAUAGCUAAUCCUUUAAAUAUCUGCAAAAGUAAAUCACAUCGAGAGGAAAAUGGAGUUUUUGUUCUUAUUUUGAUAAAGAGUGCCCGAAAGAAUAUCCAUUUACGACAAUAUAUACGCUUAAGUAAAAGGAAUGAAAAUUUCCAAAAAUGGAAAGAACGUGUUCGAAUAGUUUUUCUUUUAGGAUAUUCAUUCACGGAAAGCAAUGUGGCCAUUUCAAAGGAAAGUGCCGUUUUUGGGGAUAUAGUCCAAGAGGACUUUGAAGAUACAUACAGGAAUAUUACUUUCAAGACUAUCAUGGGCUACAACUGGGCUAUAUCAUAUUGCUCCAGAGCCACUCAUAUACUUUACCAAGAUGACGAUUUUCAUUUUAAUGUAGACAAUUUAUUUAAAUUUCUAACACACCACAAAGACCCAGAAUCUGUGUUCAUUGGACUCUACGUCAAAGAUGCCCCACCUGAGAGGCGGAAAACACAUAAGAGUUAUGUGUCAUUUAAAGAUUAUCCGCAUUCCACUUUCCCUCCUUAUUUUCCAGGGGGAGCAUAUGUUGUCAGUUCGAACAUUGCUGGAAACUUGACCCGAACGUUUCCUUACGUCAAACACCUGGUUGUCGAUGACGUGUAUAUUGGAAUUGUUGCUCAAAAACUAAAUAUUACUUUAGAACAUUCCAGGCUCCUGGAUUUCCGUAACUGUGCCAACUACUCUCAGAUCAUUGCGUGUCGAGGCUAUUCUAACAAAAAGGAGAUUUUCGAUGGAUGGAUGAAUCUUGUCAGGGAAAUGGAUUUUUCGGUAAAUCUUCAUUGAAUUUUAAAUCUUAUAAAUGAAAAAGAAUAUUUGCAAAGUUAGUCUUUAGCAGCAAAAAGGACCACCCUUUGAAUCAGUUUUGACAGUGCACAUUGAUGUAGUUAUUCAAAAUGAAAUUAUGAAACCCGUGCAACUAAGGAUGGGUAUCGCCAAAAAUUUUGUAUCGCGAUAUAUCACGAUUUCCCCCAAAAAAUAUCACGAUAAUAUCAUGAUAUUUAUACACAUAAUUUUUACUAUGAUUUUAAUAAAUUUCCAUAAU